UCCAGACCAAGACCGCAAGGUGGAUGGAAAGUGAAGAGAGAAGUGGGCAGUAGAUUCUACAUUAACAUGGAAGGAGCUCUGACAGCUCGUGACAGAGUGGGAGUGCAAGACUUUGUCCUGCUCGACUCUUACACCAGCGAGAUCUCCUUUCUGGACAACCUUCGCAGACGCUUUCGGGAGAACCUCAUCUAUACAUAUAUUGGGACUCUGCUGGUAUCUGUGAAUCCAUAUAAGGAGCUGGAUAUAUACACACACAAAAAGAAGGAGCUAUACCAAGGGGUGAACUUCUUUGAACUCCCUCCUCAUAUCUACGCUAUUGCUGACAACGCCUAUCGAGUGAUGUGCACUGAGUACACCAACCAUUUCAUCCUGAUUUCGGGGGAGAGUGGAGCAGGGAAGACAGAAGCCUCAAAAAAGAUCCUUGAGUUCUACGCCAAGACCUGCCAGACCACAGAGCAGCUGCAGGUGGUGCGAGAUCGCCUCCUACUGUCAAACCCUGUACUCGAGGCUUUUGGAAAUGCCAAGACCCUAAGGAAUGAUAACUCCAGCCGCUUUGGAAAAUACAUGGAUAUCCAGUUCAGUUACAUGGGUGCCCCAGUCGGGGGCCACAUUCUGAGCUACCUCCUGGAGAAGUCAAGGGUGGCCCAUCAGAAUCACGGAGAGCGGAACUUUCAUAUUUUCUACCAGCUGUUGGAGGGAGGAGAGGAGGAACUACUUCGCUGGCUGGGCCUGGAUCGUAACCCACUGCAGUACCACUACCUUAUCCAGGGUGAGUGUGCCAAAGUGAGCUCCAUCAAUGACAAAAGUGGCUGGAAGACUGUUCGAAAAGCAUUGUCUGUGAUUGACUUCACCGACCAUGACAUUGACGACCUGCUGGGUGUUAUAGCCAGUGUUCUGCACCUGGGAAACAUCCAGUUCAAUCCGGAUAGCCAGGGACAUGCCAACAUCACAGUCGACAAGGAAAUCAGGUGGAUCUCCAAGCUGCUGGGUGUACAUGUCCUAGUCCUGCAGGAAGGUCUAACUCACAAGAAGAUCGAAGCCAAAGCAGAUGAGGUUUUGAGCCCUCUGAGUGUUGAACAAGCCUUUUGUGCUCGUGAUGCAUUAGCAAAAGCUAUUUAUGGACGUACUUUUACUUGGCUCGUUAAUAAGAUCAAUGAAUCACUAGCUAAUCAGGACUCAAGCAGAAAAACCGUGAUUGGUCUAUUGGAUAUCUAUGGAUUUGAAGUCUUUGAUGUCAACAGUUUCGAGCAGUUCUGCAUAAAUUACUGUAAUGAGAAGCUCCAGCAGCUGCUGAUUGAGUUGACACUGAAAUCGGAGCAGGAGGAGUAUGAAGCUGAAGGAAUCCAGUGGGAGUCAAUCCAAUACUUCAACAACAAGAUCAUCUGUGACCUUGUGGAACAAAAGUACAAAGGAAUUAUCUCUAUUCUUGAUGAAGAAUGUCUGAGACCUGGAGAAGCCACAGACCUUACUUUCCUGGACAGACUACAGGAGAAAGUGGGAGCUCACCCUCAUUUUGUAACACACAAGUUGGCAGAUCAGAAGACGAGGAAGACCAUGUGUCGUGGUGACUUUAGGCUGCUACACUAUGCGGGAGAAGUCACUUAUAAUGUUGUAGGAUUUCUUGACAAGAACAAUGAUCUUCUGUACAGGAAUCUCAAAGAGGUCAUGUGUGGCUCCACAAAUUUCAUAAUUAAAAACUGUUUCAGUUCAAAUGAAUUAGAUACCAAGAAAAGACCCGAGACUGUGGCCACACAGUUCAAAUACAGCUUGAUGGGUCUGAUUGACAUCCUGAUCUCAAAGGUGCCUUCGUAUGUCAGGUGUAUCAAGCCGAAUGAUGCCAAGCAGCCAGGUAGGUUUGACGACAUGCUUGUGAGACAUCAGGUGAAGUAUCUGGGUCUGAUGGAACAUCUGCGGGUGAGACGAGCAGGCUUCGCUUACCGCAGAAAGUUCGAUGCAUUCUUGAAAAGGUAUAAGUUAUUGUGCCCUGACACUUGGCCAAACUGGCAUGGACCUGCUUCAGAAGGAGUUGAACGACUGGUGAAACAUAUUGGCUACAAACAGGAGGAAUACAAAAUGGGAAGAACAAAGAUAUUUAUCCGUUUUCCGAAGACACUGUUCGCAACUGAAGAUGCAUAUCAAGCCAGCAAGAAUGCCCUAGUUGCGAGGCUCCAGGCUAAAUACAGGGGCAAAAUUCAAAGGGAGGAGUUUCAGAAACAGAAAAAAGCAGCAAUCAAGAUCGAGACCUGCUGGAGAGGAAUUCAGGCAAGGCAGGACGCAGGGAAGAGAGCCUGGGCUGUGAAAAUCAUCAAAAAAUUUAUAAAAGGCUUCAUGCUCAGAAAUCAGCCAGGUUGCCCGGAAAAUAAAGAUUUCUUGGUUUUCGCUCGGUCAAACUACCUGAUGAAGCUCAAGAAAAAUCUGCCACAGACUGUUCUGGAUAAAAAAACAUGGCUCGAACCUCCUGCCUACCUGGAGACGACCUCAGAACUGCUGCGGAAACUGCACACGUGGACUUUGGUUCGGAAAUACUGCAAAGGAAUCUCCGCCCAACGCAAGCUGCAGAUGCAGCAAAAGGUUGUGGCCAGUGCACUGUUUAAAGGAAAGAAAGAGGGCUACCAGCAGAGUGUCACCAAGCCCUUUAGUGACAGCAGACUUCGUGAACAGGACAUCAACCCGAAGGCGUUUCAGCUGAUCCGACAUGAGCGACUCCAGUAUGGUGUUCCCGUCAUUAAAUACAACAGAAAUGGUUUCAAACCAAGACCAAGGCAGUUGCUCUUGAUGCAGACAAAAGCCUACAUCGUUGAAGAAGACAAAAUCAAACAGCAAAUUGAAUAUGCAACUCUCAAAGGUGUGUCCGUUAGCAACCUCAGUGACAGGGUCUUUGUCAUCCACGUUCCCUGUGAGAACAACAAUCAGAAAGGCGAUGUCAUUCUACAGUGUGACUACGUGUUUGAGACAGUGACCAAACUCUGUACAAUGGCCAGCAAGCAAAACAGUUUCAAAAUUGUCCAGGGCAGCUUGAAAUUCAUGAUUCAACCGGGCAAGGAAGGUAUUGUUGAUUUCACCUUGGGCCAUGAAUCACAAGUCUUUAAAGGCAAGAAUGGUCACCUGAUGGUGAUGACCCCGAGGGUAAAGUCCCGAUGACCUUCCAUUAUUAUUCAUCUGUUUUUGUUGAUAAAUUUCAAGGGAAGUAGCAACUCCUGCAAGUUCCAGAAGUAUUCAUUGUCUAACCAGGUUAUCCACUCACUGAUACGUCACUGUGUGGUCCUUUCAUCUCAUACAGUGUAGGUCAGGGCUAACGGGCUUGUCUGAUACAAUCUCAUUGCCACAAGCCAUUACAGUGCCUGCUAGCCUGAAGCACCGGGAUAUAAAAGGGACUUGAUUCAAUGAAUGAGGGUAUAUCUUGGUAAUGGCAGUGUGUGAGAUCUGCUACACAAAUUCAGAAUGUUACCCACCAAUCCUCACCCUGUCCUGCCAGCUGAUUGCAGCCAGAAUGGUGUUCUAAUUAUAUCCAACAUCACUGGGCCAGAACAGGAAGAUUUACAGUCCUGUGGCUGUUGUUUUGUGCAAUGACUCAUGGUAUAAAGUUGCAGUGUCAUUGUGGAGAAAUUUAAAGAAACACAUUAGGAUUUUAAAUUUCAGAUGUUGAAGGUUAGCCAAUGCAUGCCAGGGAUAGGUCAGUGAGUCUUAGUCUGGGGCAAUAUGAGGUGAUGUUGAAUCAGGGUGGGGGUCUCUCCCUGCUUGAAUCAUUGCACCAAAAGGACACCCGAUGGACUCCCAUCCAAACAUCCCUCUUGGGUCAUCAGGACAUGAGCAUGGGUCACCAGUCAUGCUGUGAGAGAUUAGUCCAGAGAGGAAUGUGUCACCUGGUCUAAGUUGGGUGUGGAGAGCUGACAGGGAGGGAGGGGCCAGGUUUCAUGCAGAAUAGGGCAGCAGUUGGCAGUCCUAAUAGGAAGCCAGAAGAAUGCUUCUACAUUCAGCUGAUUAAAAACAUGAUUUCUUACCUGUUUUGCUGGUGGCUGUGAAUUGUUUCUUACUUGAGAGCACAGGUCAUGGCUUCUGGUCAACUGGCAACCAUUUAGCCUCAAGUAGCCUGGAUUGGUGUUAGGUCUCUGAUUUUCACACUCAAUGGCUCUAGAACAAGCCAUGACAAUCAUUCCCUAACCUACAUAGUGCACGGAGGAUAUCAGGCACAGAAUGAGUAGGCAUGUGCCUAUCUUGUUGUCUUAAAGGUGAUUACAUUUCAGAGUCUUUGUUCUUCUGACUGUGGCCUCUUGUCCUCCCCUCAUUGGUUACAGCCUCUGGAAAUGGGGAGGCAAUGCCUAAUGGUCUUAUGUCUAGACUAUUAAUCUGGGGACCCAGGUUCAAAUCCCACCAUGGCAGGUGGUGGCAUUUGAAUUCAAAUUUGAAAGGGGGAGAAAUAAAGUGUCUAAUAACCAUGCAGCCAUUGCCAAUUACUGGAAGAAAAACCCAAUUGGUUCAUACGGUCCUUUAUUGAAGGAAAUCUGCCAUCCUUACCUGGUCUGGCCUACAGGUGACUCCAGAUUCACAGCAAUGUGUUGACUCUUCACUUCCCUCUGGGCAAUUACAGAUGGGCAAUAAAUGCUGGCCAAGUCAGUGAAGGCCACAUCCUGUGAAUGAAUAAACACAAAUUCCUCCUGGAACCUCUUCUUCUCUAAUCAUCCACCCCACUUUCUCCAAAUUGAUGACAACUUUCCCAAUGAUGAUCUUUGACAGAAUUUGGGACCUCUUUUUGCAUUAAGACUAAGACAUAAAUAAAUGUAAGUUGUUGGCUUCCAUUGUGGUCUAUCUUUCUUCCUGAUAAAAUAGAAAUUAAACACCAUUGCUAUUCAAAUUACAUUUUAUUGUGAUGUGAAAUAACAUUAGAUUUGUUUAAGAUGCUUGGCUAAAGGUCAUUUCUGGGGAACAGCUCACUACGAAGGUGAAAAGCAUGAGAAGGUGGAUCUAUUAACUUGUAUCAUCUUUAAUCUGUGAAAAUGUGACAAAACAGAAUAUGUAUUAUCCAUGUGAGUAAUCAACUGUAUUGU